CGAGAGGAGUUUUGGAUGCGCUGAAACUUAACCAAAAUGCGUGUUUUGGGCAAAAUACGGGCAUGGAAGAAUUACGACCGUAUUUUUGCCCAUAUUUUGCCCAGAAUCGGGUUUUUGAGGCAGAUUCGAGCCAAAGGAAAGGGAGAGCUGGGUUUUGGUUCCCAAACACCCAAGGGACGAACCCUAGAGAGAGAGAGAGAGAGCUACUUGGGAACAUUCUUGGAGCUAUUUUGGAGGAUUUCUUUGCCAUUGGAGCUCGGGAAUCAAGCUUGGAGAUGGAGUAACUUCCCUAUGGAGUAACUUCCCUUCACUUAGGUUUUGAGGAACCCUAGUUCCAUGUGUUAGGAUCUUUCUUGUAUGAAGUUUUGGAUGCGAUAUUUUUUUUAUUAUAAUCGAUUGAGGCAUGAUUUAUUGAGUCAAUUGAAUCUUGAUCAAAUUCUCUUGAUUUCUGCUUUAACCUAUGAUAGAUAGAAUCUGAUUAGGUUAAGAGAGCUUCCUUGAUUGAUAGUGGUGAAUUGGUUGUGCGAGAGUCAAUCAAUUCACUGCGCUGUACUAGAAUUCAUUCCAGUAGUGGAGAUCUUUGUGAAUCGCCUUAGCAUUCUAUCCCGGUGAAGGCUAGUCGCCUGUCGGGUAUUCUAUCUAAGAGAGCUUGGUCAGCUUAAGAUAUUCCAAGCUAAUUUAGGAUCUUCCGCAAUUUAAUCAACAGUAGAUCAACCAAAGGUAAUUGCAACUUGGACCUAAUUGAGGAGCUAGGGGGAAUCAUACCUAAGUGAGUUCCCAACUUGUAAUUAGUAGAGUAGUUAGUAGAGUAGUUUAGUAAAUCAAUCCUUAAACUAAUUUUCUAGAUAAUGAACUGAAGCUGAGUAAUAGUAACUCUAGAGACCCGUGGAUUCGAUAUUUAUUACUUGUGCCACUAUACUGCAGUCCCAUUCUACGAUUACACUUGGUUGCAGUUUGGUGUUGUGUUCUAGCAUGUCACCAGGGUAGCAACAUCAUCCUCUUUUCCUUUGGAAGCUUUCAAUGGUUUAGUCGUUGAUGGAUACUUGGACCAGUUCUUUAACUUCCUUGCUAGUGUGGGCCUGGGUAGGUAUGGCAACAGGUGGGGUCUGGAGAUGAUAGUGCAUAUAUGUUACCCUACUCAAAUUGUUUGGGUUUUACCCAUACCCAUACCCACAUAAGAAACGGGUUGAAAUCAACACCAUGCACAUAGCCGUUCGGGUAUCCACGGUUAUCCAUGGAUAAAAGUUUCUCUUUAUAACUCCAAUAAAAUAUGUUAACAUGCACACAUAUUCUCACAUUACAUAAGAGGAAAAUUACGAUAAUAAUUCACUACAAUGAAGAAAUAUAAUUAAAACAACACAAUUUCAUGAAAAUUAUAUUUAUAUGCUAAAUAUAAAAUAUGUUAGAGAAAAAAAUGAUUAUUUCUAGAUAAAACAGAUAUGCAUGUGUAUAAUUGGGCUGGUUCGGGUUGGAUAGUGAAAAAACCAUGCCCAUCCAUUACCCUCAAUAUUCGGGUUCACAUUUUAUCUGUAUCCACUAAAAUUCAUUCGGGUUCGGGUUUUACUUUAUCCGAUUAGGUCGAAUUCGAACGGAUAUCCAUGGCUAUUGAUAUUUUUGCCAUCCCUAAGUGUGGCGAAAUGCUCCUGGCAUUGCACUCUCGUCACUGUAGUGAAAUCUCUAUCGGCCGAAAGGUUUACCAUCAUCAUGGUGUCUCAUUCAAGGCCUUUGGCAAAGUACUUUUCAAUCUAAUCUGGUGUGAAUCCAUGAUGGGGCAUGCUUUCAAUACUUCUAGAAUCUCAUCCAAGCAUUAUAGAAAGUCUCUCAUUCCUUCCGCUGAAAAAGUAAUCUCAUCUUUAAGCUCUUUUCUUUUCCAUGGUGGAAAGUACUCCUCAAUGAAUGCUUGUGAAAGGGUUUCCCACGUGGUGAUGGUUCAUGGGGGAUGGUACCCGAGCCACUGCUUUGCUCCUCCUCCAAGUGAGAAUGCAAAAAGUCGUUGUCGAAUCCCAUCUUUGGUAGCAGCAUCUCCUGGUAUGGAAUCGACUAUCUCUAAGAAUGUCUUCAAGUGUUUCCCUCAAAUUCGAGAUACAACCUAACCAUCACCUACCAAACAAAACCCAAUCAACGGAACAUAAAAAAUCUCACCAGAAGCACCACGACGGCCAGACCAGUCGCCACUCCCUCUCUUUAUUUUUUAAGAAUUCUUUAAUUUUUCUGCAACUUUCAUAGAUCCAAUUAAGUACCCAUGAUAUUUAGAUAAAUUUAUGAGAUUGAACCAUGAAUUUAGGACUUUGAUUGAGGAUUUCAAAGUUUAAAAUUUCUCGAGAUUAGUAGGAAAGUAUCUUGAUAAUUUUUGGCCUAUGUUAGGCACAAUCGAUGUUUAUGAAUGUAUGGUGAUUUCUUAUAUGCUUAGAAUUGACAUUACAUGGUGCUUAUGAUGAUAUUUAAUGAUGUUUGCUUGCAUGAGUUGAUGAUUUUUAGCAAAGGUCAUGACAAAAUUUCCAAAAUUCUAGCAUGACAUCUUUCACAUUGAGUUUUGACAAUUGUUGGUAGAAGUUUUGAGAUUUCAAAAUUGAAAUUGAGGAAGGAAAUUUCAUUGCUAAGUUGGAUUGAUCGAAUGACAUGUCAUUUUACUUGUGCUAACUUAUUAAUCGACCUUUGCCUAAUCAUAUAACUUGUAGAUUUCAAAAUUUUCAAGAUACGUACUUCAUGCUACUUCUACAUUUUGAACUAGAAUACUUCCUAUCUUUACAUGAGCUCCAAUGAUAAAUGAAAUAUAUAGAUUACUAUCAUCUUAAUAUAUACUUGAGACGUUA